AUGGCCAAACGCAAGAGUAAGCGAAAGCCGGUGACGUCGCGUAAGGCGAUCCAGCCGUUGGACACGCUCUUCAACUGUCCCUUUUGUAAUCACGAGAAGUCCUGUGAGGUGAAGAUGGACCGGACCCACAACUCCGGACACAUCUCUUGUCGCAUCUGUUUGGAGGACUUCCGGUCCACUAUCAACUACUUGUCCGAACCCAUCGACGUCUACAGCGAGUGGAUCGACGCCUGCGAGUCCGCCAACCAGUGA